GUUUGUGUUUGCUGCAUUCUUACCCCAGAUUCCUCAAUUGGACGACCUACUCCAACGAAGCUCGGUUCGCUGCAUCUGACGUCGUCCUCCUCCAUUCCACCGAGGCCAGUCCGACUCUGUCCAUCGCGUGCCCACCUCCUGCCUCUAUCCUCUGUCUGCGUAGACACUUUUUCGGGCUGAAUAUCGUCCAAGAUGGCCACCAAUGGAGGUUCCAAUGGCUACUCAAGUGGCACUGGCACGGAGAAGAUCAACACCGACAUCGUCACCCUCACCCGGUUCCUGACUGAAGAACAAGCAAAGCACACGGAAGCCACCGGUGAUUUCACACUCCUAUGCCACGCCCUGCAAUUCUCCUUCAAAUCUAUCGCCUACUACAUUCGACGAGCCACGCUGAUCAACCUGACCGGUCUGGCCGGUUCGUCCAAUAUUACUGGCGACGACCAGAAGAAGCUCGAUGUGAUUGGAAAUGACCUAUUUGUUGCGGCCAUGCGAGGAUCCGGGAAGUGUCGAGCAGUCGUCUCGGAAGAGGAAGACGAGAUCAUAUACUUUGACGAUAGCCCGGAUGCCAGAUACGUAGUUGCAUGCGACCCGAUUGACGGCUCGAGCAACUUGGACGCGGGAGUUAGCGUUGGCACAAUCUUUGGCGUUUUCAAGCUCCCAGACAGUGUCGUUGGCCGUAAGCCUACGGCCGAGGAUCUGCUGAUGCCCGGUUCCGAACUGCUUGCCUCUGGAUUCACCAUGUACGGCGCCUCCGCCCAACUAGUCAUUACCAUGAAGGGUGGCUCAGUCAAUGGUUUCACAUUGGACAACGCCCUGGGCGAGUUCAUCUUAACCCACCCAGACAUGCGAAUUCCCAAGAAACGCGGCAUCUACUCCGUCAACGAAGGUAACUCGAUGUACUGGACCGACAAGACAAAAGCAUACUUCGAGUCGCUCAAGUACCCCAAGCAAGAAGGCGGCAAACCCUACUCGAGUCGAUACAUCGGAUCAAUGGUCGCAGACGCGUACCGCACGUUGUUGUAUGGCGGCAUCUUCGCAUACCCAGCCGACAAGAAGUCGCCCAAAGGCAAGCUGAGAAUUUUGUACGAGUGUGCGCCUAUGGCUAUGGUCAUGGAGAAUGCAGGCGGAAAGGCUGUGGACAGUAAUAUGAACCGGAUGCUGGAGGUCAAGCCUACGACUAUUCACGAUCGGUCGGGUAUUUUUAUGGGCAGUGCUGAGGAGAUGGAUAAGGUCCUGGAGGCGCACAAGUAAGGAAUGGCCGUGGAGUUGCACCAGUUGAGCAGCCGAGUAUAUGAGUAUAUCAAGGCGGGAAGCGUGAGUGUGAUAUUGUUCAUGUGGGAUGAUAUAUAAACACGAGUUGAGGGGUUUCACUGUUUGACAAGUUUUACUCUGAUGACAUAUGAGGCUG